AUGCUCAUCGACGCUCUUGUCAAACUACCAGGUCCCACCUAUACCCACCCCAUCUCCACCCCUUUUCCAUCCCCGAUCUCGCAUUUAAACCCUUACUUACCUCUACCCCUUCCGUCCUCACAAUCGAUUACCCAAGUCCCCACUCUGAUCACCGACGCAACCUUCCUAUCCUCCCUUCCGGCCCCAGAUCGAGGGUUGAUACUCAUCAUCGGAGUAACCUCUUUGGAACUACCCCAUGGACAUAAAGGCUUCAUCAUUGUAUCACGUACUUCUCAAGAGGCAUAUGAUCAUUCUCUCCUAGGACUAAGAUUAGCCAGAGAUAAGACGGUUUAUCAUUUCAUCUCGUCUCAAGCUCUUGGGGAUGUUCAAGAGGUUGAAAGUGCAGAUUUGAAAGAUUGGUUAGAGAAUUCUAUUUCAACCACUCCGAAUGGACAUAUCAAUGGCGAUUCUUCACCCAAUAACCAAACAUCAAACGCAGCUCACCAAAAUGGAAUUGUAGAUACCGAUGCUUUGCUAGAGGCAUACGAACAGGCAGCUUUGGCGACUUUGAAAAUCACACGUCGACCUCAACGUCCAUUUCCGAUCCCCGCCACCUCUACCUCAAAGAUAGUCCUUAAUUUUCUCCCUUACACACUUUCUUCUACGGACGAUACGGUGAUACUUGAUAUCGCCCUCGCUUCACCCAUAUCAUCUGACAGACUGAAACGUGCAGUGGGUCAAGCUUCCGCAGUCGUCGUGGUGGAAAGCUCAAACGGUCGAUAUGGUACCUUCUGGGCUUCCAUCGUUGACUCUUUGGACGGUCACACAACUUCCAUCCGUUCCAUCCUUGUCGGCUCCGAAGUGUCAUCUUCUGCCAUUUCCGAAGCUAUCACUUCCAACUCUCCUAUUACCCGUCUGGGAUCUCCAUUCACCCCACCUUCAAUCCCAACCAGUAGUAUCACCAUCCCAUCACCCGAAACAACUUACACCAACCUUCUCACUUCUUCCCCUCAUCCACUCGAGAUACUCAACGAUCCUUCCCAACUCGCCGCCAACGAGACCACAUCUCCCUUGUACGCCUUUGGUAAAGCCGUAGCUCUUCGACAAGAAAGAGACCGUCUCGUCACCCUCGCCAAACAAAUACUCAAAAGCUCCUCCACUCGUCCGACAGUCCACGCAGCGGUGGCGGAAUGGUUAUUGGUUCGAGACGAACCGAACGCUCUUCCCGCCGGUCAAAGUGUGGUGGAAACAAUUGGGACACCUGUCAACGAAGAAGAGGAGGAACUGUUGAGUCUUGGUGAGAAAGGUCAUUGGGAGAAGAAAUCACUUUGGAUCGUUAUUUCCAACGCUUGGUCGAAAGAUCUCGCUUCGUCAGGUUUGCACCAUACCUUGGCUUCUGGACUGGAUAUCAAUCUGUUGGUCUACGAAACAUCUCCUUCGCCAUUCUCACCCGGAGCACCGAAGAGUCAAGGGGAGAGGAAGAAGGAUCUGGCAUUGUAUGCUCUCAACAUGGGUGAUGUUUACGUGGCGUCAGUCGCUGUCUAUGCCGAUUAUGCUGGUGUGAUCAACGCUAUGAGAGAAGCGGAAGCUUAUUCAGGUCCUGGACUCGUCCUCGCUUAUCUCCCUUGGGGUGAGAAAGAUGAUGGUAGUUUUAUUCCUUCUCUUUCUACCUCUUCCACCACUUCCACUGAAACUUCUUCACAAAGUUCAAUAACACAAAAUGGGACUGUUUCGAUUGGACAGAACGGCGAGAUACCUGCAAUUGGCGAAACACUUGGUCCAUUGGAACGUCUACGAGAAACCAAGCGUGCAGUCUCUGGAGGCUGGUGGCCUUUAUUCCGAUGGAAUCCUUCCUUACCCGACUCAAGACGCUUCACGUUGGAUUCAUCACAUAUCAAAAACGUCCUCGCUGAAUUUCUCGAUCGUCAAUCUCAUUUAUCUCAACUCACACGUACUCAACCCGAUCUUGAAGCCUCUGUACCUCCGUCCGUGGGUGAAGAGUUAACUUCGAAACGGAAACAAAAAGCCAGAGCGGCAUAUGAGGCAUUGGUCAAUUCAUUGGAUGGACCUGGAUUGUUAGUACUCUAUGCCAGUGAUGGAGGUAAUGCCGAAAAGGUUGCGAAAAGAUUAGUGGGAAGAGCAAAGAUGAGAGGUGUAGCUGCCAGUUUGAAAGUAUUAGAUGAAUUGGCAGAAGAUCCGAUUAAUUUGUUGAAAGAGGAAGAAAAUGUUUUGGUUAUCACUUCUACUGCUGGUCAAGGAGAAUUCCCACAGAACGGAAGAGAAUUUUGGAAAGUGGUUUCGAAACUAUCGCCCACCAGCUCAGUAACCAAACCCAGUGAUAGUAAAGGGGACGACGUUGAGGGGAAAGAAAAUGAAAUCAAAACCAAACUUUCAGUUUUCGGUAUGGGUGAUUCACAUUAUUGGCCAAGACCAGAAGAUGCAGGUUAUUAUAAUAAACCAGCUAAAGAUUUAUAUCCUCGUCUCCUUAAUCUUGGAUUUACUUCUUUGACGGAUCUAGGUUUAGGGGACGAUUCUGAUCCUGAUGGGUAUUUGACAGGAUAUAAACCUUUCGAAGCGUCUUUGUGGAGAGCGUUAGGAGUGGAUGCGGUGGAAGUCGCAGAGGAAAAGGAAGAAACGGUAGCUAAUGAACAUAUGAAGAUUGCUAGUGAUUAUCUCAGAGGGACUAUCAUGGAGGGGUUGGAAGAUACCACAACGGGAGCUAUGGGGGUUAGUGAUGGACAAUUGUUGAAGUUUCAUGGGACGUAUCAGCAGGACGAUCGUGACAUCCGAGAAUCCCUCAAAGCUCAAGGUUUAGAACCAGCUUACGCAUUCAUGAUACGUGUCCGACUCCCCGGUGGUGUUUGUACUCCCGAACAAUGGUUGGCGAUGGAUAGGAUAGCGGAUGAAAGAGGAAAUGGGACUUUCAAACUUACUACGAGACAGACAUUCCAGUUUCAUGGAAUUGUGAAGAGACAUUUGAGGGAAGCUAUGAGAGAUAUAAAUAGGAGUUUGUUGGAUACUAUUGCUGCGUGUGGGGAUGUUAACCGUAACGUCCAAUGCACUGUCAACCCAUCCAUAUCAUCCCUCCACGCUGAAGUCUACGAAUUCUCCAAACGUCUUUCAGAACAUCUCCUUCCAAAGACAUCCGCCUAUCACGAAAUCUGGCUUGGGAAGAAACAAAUAGCCGGUGAAGCUGUUCAAGAUUUCGAGCCUAUGUACGGACCAACCUACCUUCCUAGAAAGUUCAAAAUGGCUGUCGCUAUACCUCCCGACAAUGCCGUCGAUGUAUACACCAAUGAUGUUGGUUUCAUCGCCAUUGUUGAAUCCGGUAAAAUAGUAGGAUACAACGUCUUGACCGGUGGUGGAAUGGGAGUGACACAUUCUAAUAAAAAAACAUACCCUCGUCUUGGUGAUUUACUAGGAUUCGUUUUACCUGAAGAUGGACAUAAAAUAGCAGAAGCUAUCUUACUCGUUCAAAGGGAUAAUGGAAAUCGACAAGAUCGUAAAAACGCAAGAUUGAAAUAUACGAUAGAUAGAAUGACUUUACCCAUUUUCAAAACAGAAGUCGAAAAACGUUUUGGGAAACCUCUUUUACCUUCAAGACCAUUCGAGUUUGAUAGUAAUUUGGAUCAUUACGGUUGGACAAAAGGACAAGAUGGGAAAUCACAUUUUACGAUUUUCAUCGAAAAUGGUAGAAUAGAAAAUAAUCAACAUGAUUCUUUCAAAACUGGUUUGAAGGAAAUAGCAAAGAUACAUAAAGGUCAAUUUAGGUUAACACCUAAUCAACAUGUUAUUCUUUCAGAUGUACCUCCUGAAGAAUUGGAGAAUAUCAAGAAAGUAUUGAAGAAAUGGGGUUUGGAUAAUUUGAAUCAAUCGAAAUUAAGAUUAAGUUCAAGUGCUUGUGUCGCUUUUCCGACUUGUGGUUUGGCAAUGGCAGAGAGUGAGAGAUAUUUACCUUUGUUGGUUGAUAAAGUUGAGAAGAUUUGUGAAGAGGCAGGUGUGGGGAGAGAUAGUAUCGUCAUGCGUAUGACUGGGUGUCCUAAUGGUUGCGCAAGACCUUGGAAUGCUGAAAUAGCCAUGGUGGGGAAAGCUCCGGGUAGUUAUAUGAUGCUCCUAGGCGGCUCUCCAACCGGAAACCGCCUCAACAAACCCUUCAAAUCCUCCAUCACCGAACCUGAAAUCCUAUCCACCCUCAAACCCCUCAUCAAACGUUGGUCCCUGGAAAGAAACGACGGUGAACAUUUCGGUGAUUGGGUGAUUCGAGCUGGUAUAAUCAAAGCCACCACUCACGGGACGAACUUCUGGAAUGAUUCUGCUGAGGCGUAGGGAUGUUGCGACUGUCCUUUUAAAUCUUAUCUCAUUUCAACCCAGUCAUCUUCGUUGGGUUGUUGAAAGUCGUGUCGGGGGUACUCCAAUGGGUGCUAGGAGGGUGAUUGAAGAUGUCCGUUAUAUCUGUCUAGGAUCAAACAUAGAUGAUCUGUCGAGAGUAUGCAUUGUAUCUUGCGUCUAC